GAUACAUGUACCAUUAUUAAAAAGAAAACAGAAGACCAAAUUAAUUAGAAAUUAAUAGUAAAACCCCUAGCAGAUUAUAAACUACUCGACUUUUGAGAGUUCAUUCACCUAGUACAUCCUAAAGUCCAUUUAGAAAUAUCAAUAAUAAAAUAAAUUUUGUUAUGCCUUCUACAACUAUGCCAAAGUCACCAACUUCAUAAAUAACGUAUUUUAAAAGAAAGAAAAGUAAAUAAGAUGAUCUACUUGAUGAAACUAUAAGUAAACUUAGUUUUUUAGAAUAAAAAAUUGCUAAUAUAAUGGAAAAAAAUGUCUAAUUAAGAUCUCAACUGAAAAAAACAGAAACAGAUUCAGUAGAAUCAAUUUCAUACUACUUAAGCGGGCCAACAAAAUCUAAUAAGUAAUCAAAUUGUAUUAGUUAACAUACAUUGCAAUCUUAUGUAAGCUCUGUUAAAAAUACAAUUCAGACUACACAUUCUCCUAUUAAUAGUUCAAGAAUUCAAUAUAAGAUGAAUAAUCAUCAUAGAACUUCAAGUAAAACUCCAUCUAUUGGAAAAUUCAAGAAAUCAAACAUAACAAUUAGAGAAGAUAUUUAGAAUGGAAGAGGAAGAAAAGUAUAUGAAAAUGGUUUUGUUUAUGAGGGUGACUGGCUAAAUGGGAUGAGGCAUGGUAAUGGAACUUUAAAAGAUUUUAAUUUGGAUAUUGUUUAUUAGGGUUAAUGGUUAAAUGAUUAAUUUUCAGGUAGAGGAAGGUUUGUUAACUCGGAUUAUUAAGAAGAUUCAUACAAAUUAUUAAAUUUUAAAUAGUUUAAAUUAGUUUAACAUUAAUUUACUUCCUAUGAAGGAGAAUUUCGAAAUGGAUAAUUUCAUGGUCAAGGUGUAAUGAUUUUUAACUGUGGAGGAGAAGAAUUAAAGUUUGUAGGAGGAUUUGCUUAGGAUGGAUUUCAUGGAGUAGGUACGUUGUAUUAAGAGGAGAAAGUAAUACUAUAAGGGAAAUGGAUUUAUGGAUGUUUCGUUUGA